CUAAUAUAAAUAAAAAAAUUGCCAACCAGAAAUGUACAUCUUCUUCAACAUUAUAUAAUUUUAAAGAUUCAGAUAACAGUAAAGUUAAUAAUUUAAUAGUAAUUUCAGAUUUAGAAGAACCUGACUUUGGAGAUAAUAUAAAUAAAAUUGAAGAUGAUAUAAUUAAUAAUAAAUAG